CCCAUCAUCAUCAUUCUCUCAUCGUCGGGGUCUGGCUGGCUGGGAUAGCAGAAAUUGCUGGUUGUUGUAUUUGCGUCGGAACUAUCAAAACUCAAUCGCUUUGACUGAAAGAUGUGGGAUUAAAAGAGAAUAAAUGGUCAAAAUACCUCCCUGGGUUUAAUUUGUUCCACGAUACUGCCACCACUUCGAAAUGUCGGGGAAAAUAGAGAGUAAACCAGACUCCCAACGCUCCCAUUUGUCUUCCUUCACCAUGAAGCUUAUGGACAAGUUCCACUCUCCCAAAAUCAAAAGGACACCCUCAAAGAAAGUCAGUAAGCCGCCUUUAGAACAUGGCGUCAAGACUGCGGAGAAACCUGCUAACAAGAGUCUGAGUCGGUUAGAGGAGCAAGAGAAAGACGUGGUCAGUGCCUUGCGUUACUUCAAGACCAUCAUUGACAAGAUGGCGGUGGACAAGAAGGUGCUGGAGAUGUUACCAGGCUCUGCCAGUAAGGUCCUGGAGGCCAUCCUGCCUUUAGUCCAAGUGGAUGCAAGGAUCCAGCACAGCUCGGGGGUGUCCUCCUGUCUGAACCGUGUGUACCAGAGUCUGGGCAAUCUCAUCCGUUGGUCUGACCAAGUCAUGCUGGAGGGGGUCAACCUGGAAGAUAAAGAAACCAUCGUUACCGUCACCACUGUGAUCAAGGCAGUGCUUGAUGGUGUUAAGGAGCUAGUGAAACUAACCAUAGAGAAACAGGAGCAUCCUUCCCCCACGUCUCCUGUCAAACCAGUGCCAGUGGCCACCCCACCCGAGAGUGCUGCUGAGCCGCCUGCCAAUGAGAAGGAGAGUCUGGACAAGAGCUCAGCCACGUCCCAAUCUAUGGAAGCCCUGACUGAACCCACUGGAGAGGAGGAGGAGGAGGUGGUGGCCCCACCAAAACCCCCUCUCCCUGGCCUCAAGAUGGCUGAACACAAUCCUCCUGCUCUGCCUCCAAAGAAGCGCCAGUCUGCCCCCUCACCCACCCGGGUGGCAGUAGUGGCCCCCAUGAGCCGCGCCACCAGUGGCUCCAGUCUUCCCAUGGGCAUCGGCCUCCACAAACAGGAGUACGAGGUGGAUGCCCUGCAGCGGCGCUUCUCUGGGGGCAGCCAUUACUACGGAGGGGAGUCGCCGCGCAUAUCCCCCUGCAAUAGCAUGGGCAAGCUGAGCAAGUCAGACGGGCAGCUGUCCUGGACAAUGGACAGUGGGCAGUGCUCAUGCAACACCAGCAGUGAGGCUCUGGACACCACAGACCACUACGACCCGGACUACGACUUCUUGCACCAGGACCUGUCCAGCUUGGAGCAGAUGACUCCUGUGCCAGUGGGAGCGUGCCUCAGCCCCCUGCCUGAGUCCCACAGCGAGUCUUCCUGCCCUGGCCCCGGUCCGCCGCUGGCACAACUCCACUUCAGCUCCCUCCAGGGCUGCGCCGUGACCUCCGCCCUGCCGCCCCCUGCCCUGCCGGAAAAGAAGCGCAGAGGUGGCGCCUGCUCAGGUUUUUCCGAUGGCUCCUACUCGGGCUCAUCCUGGUGCGUUUCCUUUGAGCGCCACCCAUCCCAGUACGACAACCUCAUGGAGGAGGACCUACCGCCUGUGCCCCCCUUUCCCCUGUUCACGCCCGACAUCUUGCCCCUGUGCCACACCGCCGGGGGGUUUGUGUCUGAGUUCAGCGGCAGCGAGACGACAGACGUACCUCAGAGUCCACCGCCACUCCCUGAGAAGAAGAGCCGUCACAUUCUGAAAUACAUGCAGUUUGUGGAAGACUACUCGGAGCCCCAGCCCUCAGUUUUCUACCAGAUGCCACAGAGCAAGAGCAUCUAUGAGCAACGCAACAAGCACUUCCAGGAAGUCUACGGCUUCAAUGACUCGUUUAGCAGCAGCGACUCUGUCCACGAGCCCCUCCCACCCCCGGCACUGCCACCCAAACAGAGGCAACUGAGCGAAAGCGCUAACGAGGAAGGCGGGGAGGGAGAGUACGUUAAUCUGUACACAUCCAGCCAAGCCAAAGGAGAUGGGUUCUCCCGCCGAGAUUCGUCUGCCAUAGAUGACUCACUGGAGGACACUGCCUCAGAGAACCCACUGUGCAAUAACAAGGACAUGUCCGAUGACCGCCGAAGACAAAAGUCGUCUGAAGAUGGGCAGAGUAGCGAGGAGACGGAUGAGCUUUCCCUCAUCGAUCACAUGGAGAUCAUGUCCCGGUUAACACUAAAGCAGGAGAACGAUGACGGUCCAGAUGUCCGAGCCGGAUCGGGGGAUAUUUUAUUAGUCCACGCCACAGAAACGGACCGCAAAGAUCUUGUCUUGUACUGUGAGGCUUUCCUGACGACGUACAGAACGUUCAUAACCCCAGAGGACCUUAUCAAAAAGCUGCACUCCAGAUACACCAGGUUUUGUCACUGCCCAGAUACCUUCAAGAAGAAAGUCAGCAAAAACACCUUCUUUGUUCUUGUCCGUGUGGUGGACGAGCUGUGUCUGGUGGAGAUGACGGAGGACAUCCUGAUGCAGCUGAUGGACUUGGUGUUCAGGCUGGUGUGUAACGGUGAGCUGAGCCUGGCCCGCGUCCUCCGCACAAACAUCCUGGACAAGGUGGAGCAGAGGAAGCUACUGCGCUACACCUACUCGCUCAAACCACUGGCCGCAAGAGGUGUCGCCGCCAGACCUGGGACCCUGCACGACUUCCGAAGUCAUGAGAUCGCCGACCAGCUAACUCUCCUGGAUGCAGAGCUCUUCUACAAAAUUGAGAUCCCUGAGGUGUUGCUUUGGGCUAAGGAGCAGAACGAGGAGAAGAGUGCCAACCUCACACAGUUCACAGAGCACUUUAACAACAUGUCCUACUGGGUACGCUCCAUAAUCAUUCUGCAAGAGAAAGCCCAGGACCGAGAAAAGCUCCUCCUCAAAUUUAUUAAAAUAAUGAAGCACUUACGGAAGCUAAAUAAUUUCAACUCAUAUUUGGCAAUAUUAUCUGCCUUGGAUUCAGCUCCCAUCCGAAGACUGGAGUGGCAGAAAACAACCUCAGAGGGCCUAGAGGAAUACUGCACGUUAAUAGACAGUUCCUCGUCGUUCCGGGUCUACCGAGCGGCACUGGCAGACGUGGAGCCCCCAUGUAUACCAUAUCUGGGUCUUAUCCUCCAGGACUUGACCUUUGUCCAUCUGGGCAACCCUGAUCAAAUCAACGGGAAGGUCAACUUCUCCAAGCGCUGGCAGCAGUUCAACAUCCUGGACAGCAUGAGGCGCUUCCAGCAGGUGCAUUAUGAUCUGAAACACAACGACGAUAUUGUCUCCUUCUUCAACGACUUCAGCGACCACCUGGCAGAGGAGGCUCUGUGGGAGUUGUCUUUGAAGAUCAAACCUCGGAACAUUACGCGGCGCAAAACAGAGCGCGAAGAAAAGACAUAGGAACAUGUCCCACUGUAUUGGGCCUUGGGUCAAACUCUUCUUGAUUACAAGAGACUACAAACGAGAACUGUGAAGGCAGCUAAAAGACUGGGAUGUUUUUUUGUUAGUAGUUUACAGGACCUCUCCGACUUAGGAUUCUCUGUUGUGGAUUGCACUGGGUCUCAGUCCGUGUGUGAGUAAAGCCAGUGAGAUAGACACUGUGCACAGCACAAAGUGUUGGGAGGCUCGCAAAAAGAUUCCUCAUGUUCAACUUUGUCGCCAACCUCAUCCACCCAAUGCCAUAUUAUGGGUAUAGUCCAAGCAUUUCAGGAUCUCACAACCAGAGACAUUGUCCUGACUAAAAGCAUAUCAUACUGAUGUGUGCCAUGGGAAACACCACUCAGUUUAGGCUUCUUUUUUUAUAUGGGACACCAGCCCUUUUUUUGAUGACACAAACUGGGAUACCAUAACGCCUGACAUGGCAGAGAACUGCUGUUGGUGGUGCAGAACUUUGAGGGAAAUACCUCAAAUCACCCGGGUCUGCUUCAAGACUACUGGUGGUAAAGAUAUUACUGAUGCACACAAGACUGAAUUUUGUAGUUCAAGGAAGUGUUGUAUGAUACUGUCUGACUGAUGCAAUGCAGUUUUCCUUUUGUUCUUUAAAAGGAUAUUUCAGAAAUGGGGAGAAGUGAUAUGAAGUUUAUAUACAGUACCAGUCAAAAGUUUGGACACACCUACUCAUUCAAGUGUUUUUAUUUGUACUAUUUUCUACAUUGUAGAAUAAUAGUUGAUAUCAAAACGAUGAAAUAACAAAAAAAAAUGUUUUACCUUUAUUUAACUAGGCAAGUCAGUUAAGAAGAAAUUCUUAUUUACAAUGACUGCCUACCCCGGCCAACCCCGGGCGAUGCUCCCAAUCACGGCCGGAUGUGAUACAGCCUGGAUUCAAACCAGGGACUGUAGUGAUGCCUCUUGCACUGAGAUGCAGUGCCUUAGACUGCUGUGCCACUCAGAUCCCACAUACUGUAUGAAAUCAUGUAGUAACCAAAAAAGUGUUAAACAUGUCAAAAUAUAUUUUAUAUUUGAGAUUUAUCACAGUAGUGACCCUUUGCCUUGAUGAUAGCUUUGUACACUCUUGGCAUGCCUUAAAAGUUAAUGUGUGUAAUUUCUUUCCUUAAUGCAUUUGAGCCAAUCAGUUGUGUUGUGACAAGGUAGGGGUGGUAUACAGAAAAUAGCCAUAUUUGGAAAAAGACCAGGUCUAUAUUAUGGCAAGAACAGCUCAAAUAAACAAAGAGAAACGACAGUCCAUUACUUUAAGACAUGAAGGUCGGUCAAUCUGGAAAAUGGCAAGAACGUUUCUUCAAGUGCAGUUGUAAAAAACCAUCAAGCACUAUGAUGAAACUGGCUCUCAUGAGGACUGUCACAGGAAAAGAACACCCAGAGUUACCUCUGCUGCAAAGGAUAAGUUCAUUAGAGUUAACUGCACCUCAGUUUGCAGCCCAAAUAAAUGAUUCACAGAGUUCAAGUAAGAACACAUCUCAACAUCAACGGUUCAGAGGAGACUGCGUGAAUCAGGCCUUCAUGGUCAAAUUGCUGAAAAGAAACCACUUCUUAAGGACACCAAUAAUAAGAAGAGACUUGCUUGGGCCAAGAAACACGAGCAAUGGUGGAAAUACCUCCUUUGGUCUGAUGAGUCCAAAUCUGAGAUUUUUGGUUCCAACCGACUUGUCUUUGUGAGAUGCAGAGUAGGUGAACGGAUGGUCUCUGCGGUUCCCACCGUGAAGCAUGGAGGAGGUGUGAUGGUGCUUUGCUGGUGACACUGUCAGUGAUUUAUUUAGAAUUCAAGGCACACUUAACCAGCAUGGCUACCACAGCAUUCUGCAGUGAUACGCCAUCCCAUCUGGUUUGCGGUUAGUGGGACUAUCAUUUGUUUUUCAACAGGAUAAUGACCCAAAACACCUCCAGGCAGUCUACAGGCUAUUUUACCAAGAAGGAGAGUGAUGGAGUGCUGCAUCAGAUGACCUAGCCUCCACAAUCACCUGGCCUCAACCCAAUUAAGAUGGUUUGGGUUGGAAUGAGUUGGAAAAGCAGCCAACAAGUGCUCAGCACAUGUGGGAACAUAUGUGCAAAGCCGUCAAAGGCAAAGAGUAGUUACUUUGAAGAAUCUCAAAUAUAGAAUAUUUUGAUUUGUUUAACACUUUUUGGGUUACUACAUUAUUCCAUGUGUUAUUUCAUAGUUUUGAUGUCUUGUUCUACAAUGUACAAAAUAGUCAAAAUAAAGAAAAUCCCUUGAAUGAGGUGUCCAAACAUUUGACUGGUGCACUUAAAAAUCGAACAAACACCUCACGAGUGGCGCAGAGGUCUAAGGCACUGCAUCGCAAUGCUUGAGGCGUCACUACAGACCCGGGUUCGAUCCCAGGCUGUGUCACAACCAGCUGUGACCAGGAGUCCCAUAUGGCGGCAUGCAGUUGGCCCAGCGUCGUCCGGGUUAGGGGAGGGUUUAGCCGGGAGGGGCUUUACUUGUCUCAUCGCGCUCUAGCAACUCCUUGUGGCGGGCCGGGUGCCUGCAGUCUGAUUUCGGUCAUCAGUUUCCUCGACACAUUGGUGCAGCUGGCUUCCGGGUUAAGCGGGCGGGUGUUAAGAAGCGCAGUUUGGCGGGUCAUGUUUCGGAGGACACAUGACCUGACCUUCGCCUCUCCUGAGCCCGUUGGAGAGUUGCAGUAAUGAGACAACAUUGCAAUUGAAUAUCACAAAAUUGAGGAGAAAAAGGGGAUAAAUAGAAUAUAAAAUAAAACAUUAAUGAACAAAAUGGUGAUGUGAUUUGUGUCAAGGGAUCUAUACAUAGCAGUGAACAUUACAGCAAUCAUAAGUGGACCUUAGGCAAGCAUGUCCAUAUCAAGUCUCUCUCAAAGACUGAGGGACACCUCAAUGCCAAAUGACGCAAAUACAUUACAUUACAAAUACAAGAUGGUACAUUAUCCCUUGACAGAAUCAAUCCUACCAGACCACAGAUCCCUGUGCAAGUAAAUAAAACCUGCAGUAUUUCUA